AUACUCAGAUUAUUUUCGUACCCAAACUACGUGUGAAAUUAAUUUCUUCGACUUACAUCACAAAACAAAAGCAAUGUCAAGUUCGUAAAUGAUAACCAGCUCACGAUUUUAAAGUAAUUGCUCUUUGAAAACAUAUAAAAUUUAUCUAUUGUAAUUUAACAGCGGCCUUGAGUUAAAUAAUAGUGCUGCCAAUCCAUGAUUUAUUAUUUACCUCGACAAAUUUUUUCUCUUGCAAUUAUUUUCCUUGUAACUCACUCGCGAUUGCCGUUUAUAGCAACGCGCAUUUCUAACGAGUAUAAUAAUUUCCAUAAAAGUGAUUAGAUUAUUAAGCGCGGAUGUUAAUUAAAAGUAAAAAACAAUACAUAUUUGUAUAUCGCAAUAUAUUAUAUAAAAUAAUGAAUUGCUGAUAGUCAAAAACGUCGCAAUACGCCUCCUUUUCUCACUAUGUCACCGAUUUUAGAAUAAUAAUAAUAAUAAUAAUAAUUUAAAAAAAUAUCGAGGAUUUAAAUUUAAAUCGACCGAGUGAUUUAAAUAAUUAAUGAUGAUUGUUCAGCCGUCCCUUGGCAUCAUACGAAAUGUAGUCAGCUCCUGAGAUUUCCGGUCCCGCCGGCCCCAUGUGUCCCAUACGUAUUCGUAUCAUAUCAGUAUUAGUAUAAUACGUGCAGCUAUUCACUUCAAGCCUAUGACGUCUACAGCUUUCUUACCAAAAGCAUCCAGAGCCUGACGCAUUGACGUCACCACAUCCUGAGUGAUUUCCCGUCUAAUCUUUCCUUCGACCGCAUGCUUACCGCAGCACUUGCCGCUUUUCUUUAAAAUCUUUUUAUGUCUCUUCGUUAUUAUUUUCUCUUGUAUCGGCGUCACAAUGCCUGGACACUCAAUUGUCCUCGUAAUGUACAACUAUCACGAUGAAAAGUCUCGGAUGACGACAACGGCAACACUUACAGCAGAAAAAGAAGACACGAUUUUUACUCUUAUCGUCGUGGUUAUCGGGGUAAUAGUCGCGAUAAUUAUUCUGUUUUCUAUGGGCGUAUUUUUGGAUUGCAGACAUCAAAAACAUAAUGCGAAUAAUAACAAACCGUUGCGCAUGAAAGCCCCAACGCUGGCGCGCAAAAAGAAGCGAAUGGACGAUGAAAAGUCUCUGGCCUCGGAUAUGUUUCCCAGCGGAUUGACGGAUUACGGAGCGGGAGCCUUAGAUGUAGUAGUUUAAAUAAGAAAAUAUAUGUUUAUAUAUUUAAAUGAAUAUUGUUAAUUAAUAUAUGAGAUAUUAUAUUGGACUUUUUUAUUCCAUUACGAAGUAUGCUAAGUCGGCAUUGUUAUCUUAGCAAAAAAUUAAAAUGUGUUGACGUCAGAGAAAAAAUAGUGAGCUAUUGGAAUUUAUACGGAAUUGAUGAGUCAAUUUGUGGAUGCAAAUAACCCGCGAUAAAACAAUUAGCGGAUUUCGGAUACAUUAUCAUGACUGUGAUAUAAAUUAUAAUUUUUUACGUCAGUUUGCUCAACCGUCAGAAUAAUAAUUAUUAAUUAUACAAACAAUAACAAAGCUAUUGUCUACAGAUUUAAAUCGCUUGUAGAUCUUCAGCGUUAUUUCGAGAUAAUCUUGUUCUUAAAUAAUAUUUAUAGCAACGUGUGCCAUAUAUAUUCACACAGAUUAUAUCUUAAUAAUUAUUUAGCUAACAGAAUU